CCUCAUCCUUAGUUCAUUUUUAGUUCUAAAGUGCACCUUCUGUUUUCCUGGGUUGCUAAUACCCUGUAAAUGCAAAUUGCUUAUCUGUCCAAUCUGAAGCACACUGCAGCUCUUUAAACACUGGGGAAAUUAAGUAUUGCAAUAUAUCAUUAUAUAACUGUUGUGGGUUUUUCUCUGCAGUGUAUUUGUGACAUAAGCGAAUAAGCGCAGCAGUGUUGCGCGUUAGGGUCGUGUUAGUUUUUUUUUUCCUUAUUAUUUUUUUUUCCAUAGAUCUCCUCCUAACCACGAUUUGCAUUAAACAUUAACAUACACAGUCAGUAUUGCAGAGGGCUGUAUGGUCAGUGGCAAUGAGAGCAGCAGCAACCCAGCCAACGUGGAAAUAAAGGAGAGAGAUGAACCUGUGGACACAAUGAACCCUCGAGUGUGAUCGUCCGCCCAGCCGCCUUCGCUCCUACAGCCCCUCAUCGGAUCGCUCUGCUACUACCAUCUCCUCACGAGACAGCCAUGGCCGGGGAGAAGGUCCGUCGCAAUGUGAUGGACGCCCAGCGCUUGGCCAGCCUGCUGCAGCGCGGGGUGGAGCACACGCUGGUCAUCGACAGCCGCACCUUCUCCGAGUACAACUCCUCCCACGUGCUGAGCUCUGUCAACGUGUGCUGCUCCAAGCUGGUGAAGCGACGGCUCCAGCAGGACAAGGUGUCCAUCACCGAUCUCCUCCAGCCAAACUCCAAGAUCAAGAUGGAUGUGAAAAGGAAGCAGGAAGUGGUGGUGUAUGACCAGAACACGCGGGAUGCCAGUCUGCUUGCCUCCGACAGCUUCGUCCACAUCCUCCUGGGCAAACUGAACAGCAACUUCCACAGAGUGUCGCUUCUCACAGGGGGCUUUGCUGCAUUUUCCUCCUGCUUCCCGGGGUUGUGUGAGGGGAAGCCAGCCGCCACCUUGCCAAUGAGCAUCUCCCAGCCCUGCUUGCCGGUCGCCAACGUUGGCCCCACGUGCAUCCUGCCGCAUCUCUACCUGGGUUCACAGAAGGAUGUCUUAAACAAGGAUUUGAUGGCACAGAAUGGCAUCACCUUUGUCCUGAAUGCUAGCAACUCGUGCCCGAAGCCGGACUUCAUCUCCGAGAGCCAUUUCAUGCGCAUUCCUGUCAACGAUAACUACUGUGAGAAGCUUUUGCCUUGGCUGGACAAAACCAAUGGGUUUAUUGAUAAAGCAAAGGUGUCCAAUUGUCGAGUGAUCGUGCAUUGCCUGGCUGGGAUCUCAAGGUCAGCUACGAUAGCCAUCGCCUACAUCAUGAAGACCAUGGGCUUGUCCUCGGACGAUGCAUACAGGUUUGUUAAAGACCGGAGGCCCUCGAUAUCUCCCAACUUUAACUUCCUGGGGCAGCUGCUUGAGUACGAGAAGGACAUGAAGAUGCUGAAAACCUGGUCCUCCAGUUCCAGCAAGCCCCAGCAGGAGAGGCAGGAGGUGGAGCCCGAGAAGAAGGAAGUGGAGACCCGCAUCGCCAACACCAACCAGGAGAACGGGCAUUCUACCUCAGGGGCUUUCGAAGCAAAGAAGGGCUCCGAGUCCCAGCCCGAUCCAGAGAAAAGGGAGUCGAAGCUGGCCUCCCCCACCACACUCCAGCAGGGUCUGAACGGCCUGCACCUGUCAGCCGAACGCAUCCUCGACACCAACCGGCUCAAGCGUUCCUUCUCCCUGGACAUCAAGUCUGCCUACUCCCCGAGCAAUUGCCCGCGGACGCCCACCGUCACCACUCCUAUGGACUCCGAAGACGUCCCCAAGCUUUACAAGCUAGACAGCCCCGGCGGGAGCAAUGGAUUCUGCCAAUUCUCUCCGGUCCUUGAUAGCCCCGGGGCGGCCGAGCCGAGCAGUGAGGCCAAGGUACGGCAGCGGAGGAAACCGAAGCAAAACGGGAGUGCCGGGGGUCCCAUGUCUAGCUCCCUGGCCAACUCUUUAAGCUUGAACUUCAACAGAGCAGGCCCCAUGCAGAAGAGCCCGAGCCUGGAUGACAAUCUAAAGACCUCGGUCUUGCUGGGCCUGCCCAACAGCCAUCAGCCACUAGUAGGGUCCAACGGGAUGAAUGUGUGGAACAAGCACAGGGAAACGGUACAAGCCACAACCCCCGGUACUCCUACAGGCGAGAACCCUUGGUACUUUAGUACAGACUGUCAGCCCGCUCACGGGAGUAGUGGCAGUGGGAACUCCAUGCUGUUUGGCAGCAGCUCGACCUACACCUCGUUCAGCUGCAGCGGGCUCCCGAGCGGCUGUGAGGCGGUGCGGCUGCGGGACAAACCUCAGGAGCACCGAGACUCCCGGGGCAGCUGGCACGAGGACAGCAGCAGCACGGUGGACAAGCAGUUUAAGCGCAGGAGCUGCCAGAUGGAGUUUGAGGAGAGCAUCUCGGAGAACCGGUCCAGGGAAGACCUGGGCAAAAUAGGCAAACAGUCAAGCUUCUCCGGGAGCAUGGAAAUCAUCGAGGUCUCCUGACAGACACGCAGAAGGAAGGGAACUAUUUAAUGGGGAAGGAUUUGGGGGGUAAGAGUGGGUGGGGUGGUUAUUUAUACUUGUUUUAUUUUUAUGAUUUUUAAAAAACAAAAGAACAGUCUUGAGCCUCUUGGCCUCUGAGUAUGCCAGGAAAAAGGGGAAGAAGCAGGGUUGCUAUGGUAAUCCACAAUGGCCUCCACACACAUACAAUUUUUGCUGUACCGGUUCUUUGGGUUAUGUGGAUACCACGCUGCUUCACAAUGCACACCAGAGCCGUGUGGUAUCCUGACCAUGGUAUACAGUGGUACUGAAUUUAUGAAGGAUUCCUUGUUAAGGAGAAUGAGGCCUGAGCUGACUUACCCAUUAUUUGGUGAAACCGUGGUACGUACUGUAGCACAGUGCAGUACAAAGUGAGUGUUCCACAAUUUGACACUAGUUCACCAUUCUAAUUGGGCUUUGUAUUUUAAAAGCUAAACGGCAGCCACUCCUUUUUAUGAAUGAUGUGCUCCUCCCCAAGUUUAUUCUGAGCAUGCUCAGAGCAGUGGGUUCCAUUUCGACAACGUGCUGCCGAGUCGCAGUGUCAAGCUUUAUAUGAAAUAAAUAUAUAUAUAUAUAUAAAGGUAAAUGAUUUUACUGCAAUUUUAACUGACUUUUAAUAUUUCCUCCAGUAUAGUUUUAAUUUAUUUUAUCUGUUCAUUCUGGCAAUGAGAAAUAAUAUAAUGUUGGUGGACUUGUUUUUUUUUCUUUCUCUCUCGCUCAUCAGUUUUACUGAAACAUACAAAUUCCAAGCAAUACAAGGCAUAUAUGGGUUUUUAUUUCUGUCUGUAUCAGCCCUGAAGACUUAGGGAAACAUCUGCCAUUAAAUGCACUUUGUUCUUCUCUAAGAAUCUUGAGCCACAUUCAGUUAACACUUGGAGCUGGCACAAUUGCAUACCCCAGACUCAAUGGAAGAAUGGAAGCUUUGCUUGCAGAAACUCAAACUGCUGCCAAUAUGUUCAGUACGUAGUACUAUUGGCUUCCCAAGCCAAGCGGUAGCCUUGCCUCGGUUUUGACUAUCUUUGGAAACCCAUUCUACAGCUGUGGUCUAAUCAGAAUAUUCUAAGCUAUGGUGCGGAGGACACACGUUUAUGCCAUAUGAAUAUUUGGCAGCAUCAGAGCAUUGGUUGAUGUGUUGUUUUUUAUUAUCCAUUUGAUAAACCUCAAUCUCUGUGGUAUAACCGUACUACACAAUGGCUUGCAGUAUGAUGCUAUUCAAGGCUUCAGAGGUGGAACGUGGUGAGGUAGCAGCCUUUAGGUGUCCAGAACGCUUCCAAACGAGACUUGAUGAUGAUCCACACCCUGAGAAUGUAUGUUCUAAUCUGAUUACCCAAAGACGUGCUGAAUGUAGUCUCAAAGCAAACAGGAAUAGGUCUCCUUUUAAAGGAACAAUCAGUACCCAAGUCAGUGUUCAGAAGUCUGCCAUUUUUCUUAGACACGAAAAAGGCAGAUGGUCACUUUAGUCAUUAUUGCUACAUUAGUAACAUAAAGCAAAAUAAUUUCUAGAACAGUAAGCAAAGUCGAAGGGUGUUAACAGUUAAUUUGCAUCCCCCACUGCAGGCCAUGUGAUGUCCUCCAAGCCACACUGCUUAGUUCCCAUAGCAGCAAGCUAUUUUAGAGGCCAUUUUGAAAUUUUCAGUGGGGGAAGGUUCAAUGGUGGGGUGGUACCCAAUUCAAGUCUCGACCCACAAAAAAAGGGGUACAGACCCCUUACCACCCCACUCAAAAAUACCCCAGCAAUGCGUUUCAUUGGGCGCUCCUAGUCACUACGCCAACACAAGUAUUGGAAGUUCAGGUUCCUUGAUCCAAUGGGAUUGAUUCCUACUCUGCAAUGUUAUUGAUUUUCUAUGAUGGUUUUUCCUAAUUGUAACUUUGAACUUUUCUUUUUAAUGGAUGCUGUCGGCAAACAUCCCACCUUACGCGCUCCUACUUUCAACAGAAGCCGUAAGACUACUCUUUUUCUUUCUGUUUCUGUUUCUUAUUUUUAUUAUUAUUAUUAUUUAAAAACAUGUAAUGAAAGAUGCAGGCUAUCCUGAAUAUUAUUAUUAUUAUUAUUAUUAUUAUUAUUAUUAUUAUUAUUAUCAUCAUCAUCAUCAUCAUCAUCAUCAUCAUCAUCAUCUUGUUGUAAAUAACAGUGUAUCUAUAUUGGAUGAAUUUAGGUAACUUUUUAAGAUAAAAUAUUCAGAUACCUUUGGCUGCUUGAUGCAAAAUACCUCAGGUUUUAUGGUAAGGCUUUUUUCUCCCCUUGUAUUUGUUUGUGAAACGAAACAAAAAAAAGAAAUCUAAAAAAAAAAAGAGUGUUUCAUCUCAGGUUUGUUUUUAACUUAAAAAAUGUCAGUAAAGAAAGUAAUUGAAAAUAA